UUCAUCUUUAUGAUACACUGUUGUUCAAGUCGCCAUUAGAUUGUGGUGUGUGUCCAUGUGGACCUGUAGUGUGUUUUCAUAUUGUGGCACUGCUCGUGUUCCUCUUUCUGUUUAGAAACGCAGUGCACACAACCGGAUGCGCGGUUUUAACUCAACGGCAGUCAACCCGGAAAAAGCCAUGUCACUGCUAUCAUGUGCUAACGCUAACUCUCUGGGUCUUGCUCCAAAACGCGUGUUUAUUCCUCAGUACCAUGAGAUUCAGCGGCGCUCGCGACUCUUAACAGUGUAGCAAGAGGAUCCAGGACUACAAAAACCUGGGCACAAUCGUUCUGGGACAUGCCUUACCUGGACAGACACAAUCGCAUCUGUGGAUUCUUGGACAUAGAGGAAAAUGAGAACAGCGGCAAGUUUUACCGGCGCUACUUCAUCUUGGAUACGCCGCGUAACUCUCUCCUCUGGUACAUGGAUAAUCCACAGAAUUUGCCAGAGGGAGCAGAAUCUGUUGGAAGUUUAAGGCUGAGUUACAUUUCAAAGGUCAGCGAAGUCUCCAUCAAACAGAAGCCCAAAACGGAGUUCUGCUUUGUGAUCAAUGCUUUGUCUCGACGGUACUUCCUGCAAGCCAACGACGCCGUGGACUUAAAGGAGUGGGUCAUCACCCUGAAUAAUGCCACUAAAAUUACAGUUCCGAAAAACCCAUCACCGGUCACUCAGAGCGCAGACAUUGCCCCUGUGACGAGCCAAACUCAGUCAACAAGUCGGCAGGCCUACAAAACAGCAAUUGUGGGAGGCGUGGUGGUCCAAACACCGGUCCAGCAGAACGAAUCAGAUGAUGUGUUCACUAAUGAAGUGGCUCCACAUGUGACUCUGAGAAGAUGCCAGAGUUUACGGCCAAACAUUCUGAGAUCAGGAUACUGCGUCAAACAAGGCAACGUGAGAAAAAGCUGGAAAAGAAGAUUUUUCAUUUUAGAUGACCAGACUGUGAGUUACUUUAAAAAUGAAACGGAUAAAGAUCCCUUACGCAGUAUUCGGUUGAGGGACAUACAGAAGGUUCACGAGUGCCUUGUAAAAUCAGGGGAUCUGCUGUCACGUGACAACCUUUUUGAGAUCAUCACAAACGCAAGAACCUUCUACAUUCAGACAGACACACCUGAAGAAAUGAAUGGCUGGAUAAAAGACAUUUCAUCAAAAAUUCAAGAUUUUAGAGGACCAUCAAAGAGUUAUCGUUUCACCUCCAGCCAGGUGAAACCACCCCUGAUAAAAUCCUGCUCCACAGCACAGUCCUGGCAGCCAUGGACCCCGGUCCCAAAGAAAGCGACUCAUUCAGUUGACGAAGACAUAAGAGAGAGCGCCUUCUGCUCGCUGCCCUCUCUCUCAGACGCACAGGAGAGCUCGGAGUCAAGGAUACGCCAGAGACACCAUUCUCAGCCUCAACAAUCUGCCACAGACCCACACUUUGCCAUGGAUAUGGACAUGCACAUACGCACCUCUGAUGUCUAAAUCUGUUUUCUGCUAUUGCUGCUCACCAGCACACUUUGUUGUAUUGCAUUAUCUUUUAUUUGUGCUUUUUUUUUUUGUUUUCUUCACACAACAUGCAACUGCUUUUAGACAAAAGUGUGAUGGAAAGCAUUGAACAUGGCUACAUGGCUUUGAGAUCCUCAUCAGUGAGACUGUACAGGUGAAUAAAUUUUAUGAAAGGUGCUGAAAGAAGGGGCCAUACUUUUUUGUGUGUUUAAAAAUAAUAAUAAUAAUAAUAAUAAUAAAUAAGAACUAAUAUGACUAAGACGAGCUGUAUAGUCUUUUGUGAAUAUAGAGAGUUCAUGUACGAAUUAUCACAUGUAUGUCUUUCCUCCACAAUUGAUCAUGUAUGGCAUACACUUAAAAGUAUUAUGGAUAAUAAAAAUGUUGACAGGUUUA